AUGCUCGAAGACGAUUGUGAACAACAAGAACCUAUUAUAUUGGUUGUAUCGCCACUGAAUGCAUUGAUCGAUGACCAGAUUCAGUCUUGUUCAAGGAUGGGAAUCAACGCAACUAAACUUGAUGCUGAAAGCCUAAAGAGUUACGGAYAAGUUUCAACACACAGCAUUAUUUAUACUAGCCCAGARGUCCUAGAAAGCAUUUCUGCUAGAAAGUAUUUGCAAACAAUAAGCGAUCGUCUAGUUGGCAUCGUUAUUGAUGAAUCACAUUGCGUUGUAAAUUGGGGUUUGGAAGCAUCCAAUGGAGAAAUAUUCCGUGAAGCAUAUGGCCGAGUUGGAAAUCUCAGAGCUUACACCAAGGCUCCAUUUCUCUGYCUGACUGCCACAGCUAGUGUUGCUCUGAGAAAGAAAAUAUUAAAACUCUUGCACAUGAAAAAUCCAAGGGUCAUAAAACUCUCUCCAGAAAAGGAUAACAUAAAGAUUAAAGUAUACAAAGUAAACCAUAAUUUGGAGGAGACAUUGGGAUGGCUAGUAGAGGAACUGGCAAGCCAAAAGAGAUGCACUGCAAAAACAAUUGUAUACUGUCAAAGCAUAAGUAAUUGUGGGGAGYUGUAUUCUUUGUUUUCUGAAAGUAUACCCUCUGAUGCCAUGCUGUUUGCUAUGUACCACAGCAAAACCCCAACUGACAUACAAAGUCAAGUGCUUGAACAAUUCAUACAACUGGAUAGCGCAAUUAGAGUGGUCUUUGCCACAAGUGCACUGGGAAUGGGGGUCAACGUUCCAGAUAUUCGUCGAGUUAUACAUUAUGGCAUCCCCCGAGAUCUUGAACAGUAUGUCCAAGAAAUAGGAAGAGGUGGCCGUGAUGGUAAACAAAGUGAAUCUAUUAUGUUUUAUUGYCCAUACCAUUUGGCACACUGUGAUAAUUCUGUUCGAGAUUUUGUAAAAAACACUUCAGGACAAUGCCGAAGGGAAUUAAUUKCCAACUAUUUCAAAGAGAAGCCCUUGAUCACAGAAGUUAAACAUACCUGCUGUGAUCAUUGUGCUAAACAUUGUGAUUGUGGAGAAGCUGAAUGUACUGAAGACAAAAUUCUAAGCUCAAAGUUGGUUAAGGAGAAAUGCUGCAGAACUGUAAAUGAAUCAGAACGUGAAUUACUAAAGGAUAUUUUGCAUGAGGUCCAGAGUUCGUUUGAAAACACUGUGUCAAUAUUGGGGAUGAACUCUUUAUCAUCACUCUCAAGUGGUGUCAUCAGMGAAUUAUUAAACAAUUCUCACUAUAUUUUUACACUGGAGGAUGUAAUGGAAUACUCUGGUAUUUUAGAUAUAAGUCUUGCCCAUGAAGUUCUCAUUGCCUUUAAUGAUGUUUUUGAUGGGGAUAUUGAUGAAUAUGAACUUAUCAAAUCAGCAAACCAGGAUUUACUUGAAGAUACUGAUAAAUAUGGAUUUGUACCAGAUUGGUGUACACAAGAUAGCAUUUCAGAGUCUGAAGAACAAACGGACAGUUCGGACAGUGACAGUGAGUUACAGUAA